UCUUUCAGGUGCUGGGGAAUCUGGAAAAAGCACACUAGUCAAGCAGAUGAAAAUCAUUCACGAAGAUGGCUACUCAGAAGAGGAGUGCAAGCAGUACAAAGUGGUCGUGUACAGCAACACCAUCCAGUCCAUCAUGGCCAUCAUCCGCGCCAUGGGUCGCUUAAAGAUAGAGUUCGGAGAUGCUGCACGAGCGGACGAUGCCCGCCAGCUGUUUGUCCUGGCGAACUCUGCGGAGGAAGGCGUGUUGCCGUCCGAGUUGACCACUGUGAUACAGAGGCUCUGGGGCGACGUGGGAGUUCAGACGUGCUUCGAUCGAUCACGAGAGUAUCAGCUCAACGACUCUGCUGCAUACUACCUGAAUGACCUGGACAGGAUCUGUCAGCCCAACUACGUCCCGACUCAGCAGGAUGUGCUGCGUACACGUGUGAAGACCACUGGCAUCGUGGAAACUCACUUCACCUUCAAAGAUCUCUACUUCAAGAUGUUUGAUGUCGGUGGUCAGCGCUCAGAGAGGAAGAAGUGGAUCCAUUGUUUUGAGGGUGUCACAUCUAUCAUUUUCUGCGUAGCACUCAGUGACUACGACCUUGUCUUGGCUGAGGAUGAGGAGAUGAACCGGAUGCAUGAGAGCAUGAAGCUUUUUGACUCCAUCUGCAACAACAAGUGGUUCACACUCACCUCCAUCAUCCUCUUCCUCAACAAGAAGGACUUGUUUGAAGAGAAGAUCACCCGGAGUCCGCUCACUAUUUGCUGGCCCGAAUACUCUGCUGGGAAUUCGUACGAUGAGACUUCAUGUUAUAUCCAGGCCCAGUUUGAAGACCUUAACAAACGAAAGGGCACCAAGGAGAUCUACACUCACUUCACCUGUGCCACAGACACCAAGAAUGUUCAGUUUGUGUUUGACGCCAUCACCGACGUCAUCAUCAAGAUCAACCUGAGGGAGAUCGGGCUUUACUAAAGCUUCAGGCGCUGCAGGUGUCAGGAGCAGAAUUGGGAAUUGGGACUUCUGGGCUGGUAUGUCUUGUCUGCAGAAGGAGAAUUAGAAAGUAAGGACUAAGAUGGUGCCAUGCUGCAUUCAGGACCUAAAUUCCGCAAUUUGGGGACUUGAUACCACCAUUACUCAAUAGAUGUUAUGAUGCAGAGCGCACUGGGAGGAAGUGAAAGUGGUGGAGGCUUGUGAAAUGAUCGCUGUGAGAUUUGUGAAGUCCUGUCAUAUACAAGACCUUUGCAUCAGUCUGGGGCUGACAGGUAAAGCUCCUCUGAUGUCUCUGACGCAUUUAUAGUUUGUCUAUAUGUACAUGGACCAAAACAGACUGCCUGUUUAUCAGAUCCAUUUCACGGUUUCACAGCUGAUGUACAUUCUGUUCACUUUUCUUUCUGUUGCAAAGCUUAAUUCUGUAUUACAUUACUUUUAUUGAAUAUUUGCAUAUAGUAUAUUUUAAUUUUCGGAUGUGUGAAUGCGUUAAAUUAUGCAUUGAGAAGCGUUUUGUUCGUAACCUUUUGGGUCUGGGAUUAGUUAGCAAGAGUGUAAUGAACAAAGUAGCAACACGGCUGUCUACAUAGUUAAUAGUUAAUCAUUUUUAACUUGACAACAUUGUAUUGAACAAUAUUUUUGUACACAUCACUGCAAAUCAAUUUGUAAAGGGAGAUCUUGAUUUCCCUGUUUUUUUUUCAAAGGGGGUAUAAUAUGACCUACUUUUAUCACUAAGGUCAAUAUGGAAUUUUUUGUUUAGUUACUGAUGAUAUAUUCAAGGAUUAUUCAUUGUCAAAGUGCAGCACAUGGUUCCACAAUGAAAUGCAGUUGUAGCUUAGUUCAUUAUGUUGCAUAUGAAACACAUGA